AUGAGUUGCAGACAGAUCUCCUCAUCGUUCUGGAGUCGCAACAGCAGCAGCGGUGGCGGCUGCGGCGGUGGAGGAAGCAAAGGGGGUAGCGGAGGCAGCAUGCGGUCUUCGUUCAGUCGCUCCUCCAGGGCUGGUGGAGGAGGGGGCCGCUUUAGCUCUUCCAGUGGCUUUGGUGGAGGUGGCCUUUUGGCCUAUGGCAGUGGAGGUGGUGGCAGUUUUGGCUCCAGCUAUGGUGGAGGAUCUGGAGGGGGCUUUAGUGCAGGGAGUUCCUGCAGUAUGUUUGGGGGAGGUUCUAAGGGCUUUGGUGGUGGCUUUGGUGGUGGUUCUGGAGGUGGCUUCGGUGGUGGUUCUGGAGGUGGCUUCGGUGGUGGUUCUGGAGGUGGCUUCGGUGGUGGUUCUGGAGGUGGCUUUGGUGGUGGCUCUGGAGGUAGCUUUGGUGGUGGCUUUGGUGGUGGCUCUGGAGGUAGCUUUGGUGGAGGCUUUGGUGGUGGCUCUGGAGGUGGUGAAGGUGGUAUUCUGAAUACCAACGAGAAGGUCGUCAUGCAGAACCUCAAUUCCCGUCUGGCCUCCUACAUGGAUAAAGUACAGGAACUGGAGGAGGCCAACACCUCCCUGGAGAGACAGAUCCAGGAAUGGUAUUCAAAGAAGGGCUCCAGAAUCUUCCAGAAGGACUACUCUCAUUUCUACGACACUAUCGAAGACCUGAAGGACAGGAUUCUUGGUGCCACCAUUGACAAUUCCAAGAUUGUCCUGCAGAUUGAUAAUGCCCGCCUGGCCGCAGAUGACUUCCGAACCAAGUUUGAGACCGAGCAGGCCUUGCGUCUGAGUGUGGAGGCUGACAUCAAUGGCCUGCGCCGUGUGCUGGAUGAGCUGACCCUGGCCAGGACCGACCUGGAGAUGCAGAUUGAGGGCCUGAAGGAGGAACUGGCCUACCUGAAGAAGAACCAUGAGGAGGAAAUUAGUGCCCUGAGGAGCCAGGUGGGUGGCCAGGUCAGUGUGGAGGUGGAUUCUGCUCCAGGUGUCGACCUAGCCAAGAUCCUGAGUGACAUGAGAAGUCAAUAUGAGGUCAUGGCUGAGAAGAACCGGAAGGAUGCUGAAGCCUUGUUCAUCACUCGGACCGAGGAGCUGACCAAGGAGGUCGCUGUCCACACUGAGCAGCUCCAGGCAAGCAAGACGGAAGUCACCGACCUACGACGCACCCUCCAGGGUCUCGAGAUUGAGCUGCAGUCCCAACUCAGCAUGAAAGCCGCCCUGGAAGGCACGCUGGCAGAGACAGAGGCCCGCUACGGAGCCCAGCUGGCACAGAUCCAGGGCGUGAUCAGCAGCAUCGAAGCCCAGUUGAGCGAUGUGCGCGCUGACACCGAGCGCCAGAACCUCGAGUAUCAGCAGCUCAUGGACAUCAAGUCGAGGCUGGAGCAGGAGAUCGCCACUUACAGGAGCCUGCUCGAGGGACAGGAAGCCCACUACAACAACCUGCCCACCCCCAAGGCCAUCUGAGCCCAUCCUGGGCUCCGGCCCUGCUGUCAGUGAGACUCCCCUGGGGAGGGGCAUGGCUUGUCAAUAAAACUAUUCUCCGGGGGCACAAUGAUGCUUUGCUUAUUGUAGCCCAUGGAGUGAUGGGUCGUGUCUUA